AUGUUAAGGAGUGUAGGACGUGUACCGGGCUAUCGAGUCCGCGGAGCAGCUACUAGCUGGAUGCACCGCCCGUUAGCGGGCGGGUGCUGGUUGCCUGAGCAUAUCAGCGUCAACCCCGGAAACCGCCCGUCGCUUGCAGAUGGGCAUCUCUCCGUGUGGUUGGCCGCAUGCAGGCCGUUUUCUAGUAGUGUAGCAAGGUACCAAGCGAAUAAGAACUAUCGGAUGGACCUAGGCAAACAACAAGAGCAGUCUGCGCUGGAACAGUACGGCAUUAACCUUACCAAGCUAGCGCGGGCCGGGAAGCUGGACCCUGUUAUUGGGCGUGAUCAGGAGAUAUCUCGUGCUAUUCAGAUUCUUUCACGGCGCACCAAAAACAAUCCGGUCUUGCUUGGACGCGCUGGCGUGGGUAAGACAUCGCUUAUUGAUGGUCUCGCCCAGCGUAUAGUAAAGGGGGAGGUGCCAAGUUCUCUUAUGGAUAAAGAGCUAGUUGCUCUUGACUUGGGCUCCUUGAUCGCGGGAGCCAAGUAUAGGGGCGAGUUUGAAGAACGUCUAAAGAGUGUGCUAGAUGAAAUCGACAAGUCCGAGGGCCAGGUGAUAGUCUUUAUUGACGAAGUCCAUAUGUUACUAGGGCUUGGUAAGACUGAUGGUUCUAUGGACGCCUCCAAUAUCCUCAAGCCCAGACUUGCAAAGGGAAUGAGAUGCAUCAGUGCUACGACGUUCGAUGAGUUCAAGAUUAUUGAAAAGGAUCCUGCAUUAACUCGCCGCUUCCAACCGGUAAUUUUGGAUGAGCCGUCAGUAUCUGACACAAUCUCGAUAUUGAGAGGUCUGAAGGAGCGGUACGAGGUACAUCAUGGUGUUCGUAUUACAGAUACGGCUAUCGUUUCUGCUGCGGUUCUAUCGAAUCGGUACAUCAAUGACCGCUUCCUACCAGAUAAGGCCAUCGAUCUUGUUGACGAGGCAUGUGCAGUUCUGCGCUUGCAGCACGAAUCUAAGCCGGACUCUAUACAGGCGAUAGACCGUGCUAUUAUGACAAUGGAAAUUGAGCUAGAAUCCCUCAGGAAGGAGGAGGAUCCAGUAUCUCUUGAGAGGGCAGACGCUUUAAAGAAGUCGUUGAAGGAGAAGAAUGAUGAGUUAGAGAAACUCACAAAGGUAUGGGAUAAAGAAAAGAAGGAAAUUGAGGCGAUUAAAUCCGCAAAAGCCACGCUCGAACAGGCAAAGAUAGAUUUAGAGAUUGCACAGCGCGAAGGUGACUACGGCAAGGCAUCUGAACUCAGAUACGCUAAGAUACCCCAGCUGGAAAAAACCAUUUCAGAGAGUGAAAAGAGUGGCUCGAAAAAUAACAUCUUGCAUGAUGCGGUCACUGCCGAUGAUAUUUCCGCCGUCGUAUCCAAGAUGACUGGCAUCCCCGUUUCUUCCAUGUUCAAAGGUGACAAAGACCGUCUUUUGAACAUGGAACAAUCGUUGACGAAACGUGUGGUUGGUCAAGACGAGGCUAUAAGUGCAAUAUGUCAAGCAGUCCGCUUGCAACGGGCGGGUUUGACCAGCUCAAAGAGGCCAAUUGCAAGCUUCAUGUUUCUCGGCCCAACAGGCACGGGUAAGACGGAGCUUACGAAGGCACUCUCUGAAUUCCUUUUCGACAAUGAGUCGAAUGUCAUCAGGUUUGACAUGAGUGAGUUCCAAGAAAAGCAUACUGUAUCACGUUUGAUUGGUGCGCCCCCCGGUUAUGUCUUGAGUGAAAGCGGAGGCCAAUUGACGGAAGCUGUCAGAAGGAAGCCUUAUGCUGUAGUUUUGUUUGAUGAAUUCGAGAAGGCACAUCCUGAUGUUUGUAAAGUUCUUCUUCAGGUCUUGGAUGAUGGCAAGUUGACCGAUUCACAGGGUCACCAUGUUGACUUCCGUAAUACAAUAAUUGUUAUGACCUCAAAUGUGGGACAAGAUAUACUUUUGAAUGAUUCAGAACUUACAAUUGAUGGUAAAGUGAGUGAGAAGACAAAGAACAAAGUGAUUGAAAGUGUGAAACGUAUCUAUCCGCCUGAGUUUAUCAAUCGUAUCGACGAGCUGUUGGUCUUUAACCGUCUAUCCAAAUCUGUCCUGCGUUCAAUUGUUGACAUUAGGUUGAAAGAAGUACAGCAGCGGCUUUCGGAUAAGCGAAUGGUGCUAGCACUUACGGAUGAGGCGAAGGAUUGGCUCACAGAAAGGGGAUAUGACCCCGGCUACGGUGCUAGGCCAUUGAAUAGGUUGAUACACAAAACAAUCUUGAAUCCAAUGGCGCUCUAUCUGCUAAAGGGCCAGUUGCGGGAUGGAGAGACCGUAAAAGUCACAGUAGAAGCCGAUAAAUUGGUCAUAAAGCCAAAUCACGAGGAGUCUGAGUCUACAGAUUCCACUGGCGAAACACAUGCAGCAUUGGAUACUUAG